AUGCUGGGUACCCGGGGCGGGUGGCAGGCCCUCCGCCGCUGCGCCUCCCUGCCUCGGGCGGUGCGGCUGCGGGUCAGCGAGGCGCUGGGGGCCCGAGAGUCCGGUGGCGAGGUGAAAGUGCAGGGCUGGGUCCGCUCUGUCCGAUCCCAGAAGGAAGUUUUGUUCCUGCAUAUAAAUGAUGGGAGUUCUCUGGAACACCUCCAGGUGGUUGCUGAUCCCAGCCUGGAAAAUAGAGAUCUGACUUUUGGAAGCGCAGUGGAAGUGCAAGGGAAACUGGUCAAAAGUCCUCAUCGGAGGCAGAACAUGGAGCUGCAAGCUGAAACCAUCCGUGUGGUGGGACCCUGUGAUACUUGGACAUUCCCCUUGAAAUUGAAGGAGAGGCACCCACUGGAGUAUGUCCGACAGUUCCCUCACCUGCGAUGCAGGAGCAACACCCUUGCCUCCCUCUUGAGAAUCCGCAGUGAAGCCACUGCAGCCAUCCACUCCUUCUUCCAGGAUAAUGGCUAUGUGCAUAUUCAUACCCCCAUCAUUACAUCAAAUGACUGUGAGGGUGCUGGGGAGCUCUUUCACAUUGAGACCUCAAAUGAGGCAAGAGAAUCUGCAGAAAAGACCCAGUUCUUCAAUGUGCCUGCCUUCCUGACAGUUUCUGGCCAGCUCCACUUGGAAGUGAUGGCAGGAUUUACAGCACUCAUAAGUGACCUCCAAGCUGUGGGUGGAAGAGUCUGGCCAGGGGAUGUCUGGAAAAGACUUUGCAGGGCUUUUACUCACGUGUUUACCUUCGGCCCAACCUUCCGAGCGGAAAACUCCCAGAGUCGCCGGCACUUGGCAGAGUUCUAUAUGGUGGAGGCUGAGCUGUCCUUCACUGAAAGCCUCCAAGACAUCAUGCAGGUUAUGGAAGAUCUUUUCAAGACAGCUACAAGUACUGUGCUCUCCAAAUGUCCUCGUGAUGUUGAGCUUUUUCAUAAAUACAUAGCUCCUGCCCAGAAGGACAGGUUGGAACAAAUUCUGAAGCACAAAUUUGUGACAAUUUCCUACAAUGAGGCAGUGGAAAUUUUGAAGCAAGCAUCUCAAACUUUCACUUUCAAGCCAGAGUGGGGCUGUGACCUCCAAACAGAGCAUGAGAAAUACCUGGUGAAGUACUGCGGUGAGGUUCCUGUGUUUGUGAUUAACUACCCAUACGACCUCAAACCUUUCUACAUGCGGGACAAUGAAGAUGGACCUCAGCACACAGUUGCAGCUGUUGAUCUCCUCGUACCAGGAGUAGGGGAGUUGUGUGGAGGCAGCUUGAGAGAGGAGCGACUGCCCUUGCUUGAAUCACGCUUACAGAGGUUAGGAAUCACAGAUACCUACCAAUGGUAUCUAGACCUCCGAAAAUAUGGCUCAGUUCCUCAUGGAGGCUUCGGAAUGGGGUUUGAACGCUACCUGCAGUACAUCUUGGGAGUUGACAAUAUCAAAGAUGUUAUCCCUUUCCCCCGGUUUUCUCACUCCUGUCUCCUGUAGCUCAGCAGUCAACUCACCUGGAGAAAACUACUGCUGUGACUUUAUGGAUCGAACACACUAAGAUACGGCUGAGUGUGUUCAGUGGGAAAUCAAAAUCAUUUUGAUACCAGUGAAAGUCUGCCUUGUUGAAAAUAAUGCAUGUGCUGGUGAGAUUAUGGAAGCACAAUGGCAGUUCAUUUGUUAUCAGUUCCUGGCUUCAGGAAUAUUAAUAAAUCCCACUUAACUAAAGGGUUAGGUUAAUAAAUCCCACUUAACUAAAGGGUUAGGGUUAAUAAAUCCUACUUAACUAAAGGGUUAAGGUUCUUGUGAGACUACUACAAGCCAUAAAAGUCCUGAAUAAGCUUUGUUGGGAAGUAGCAGGGGUUUUAUGUGAAAUAUUAAUAAGGAAGUGUGACCUAAAAUGGACUGGGAGCCAGGACUGCUGUGAGGCUUUAGUAGGCUUAAAUGCCUGAACAGUGCUUUGAAGAUUGAGUGUUAUAAAACUGCAAGGUAUUGUCCUGGCUGUGAUGCAUUUGCUCUUACAAAAUGGCAACUGUAAAGCAUGAGUUCUCCCCAUCCCAAGUUAAAGGCCAAUAUUGUUUACCUGGAGAAAAUCAGUCAAACCUAGCAAGGAAAACUGUCAUACUGCAGCUGCUGGAGUGAAUUAGGUGAAUGGUGUUUGAUUUUGUGAA